AUGCUAGUAAGGAUCAUUGCGCCGUGGGCAGAAAUUACAUGGAAGUCGGUGCCCACACCUGCACCGAGGCCUGUUGUGGCCUCAUCUCACAGGCCAAAAGUGAGAUAUUUCGUCGUAAUGUUAUCAUCGAUUGCAGACAUUGCUGAUUCUGCAACCGACGGACACUUGCAUGCCCAAUUGCCGAUCGAUACGAACUGGCUAUCAUCGCCUGCCCAUGUUGAACAUAUGCCGAUAAUUGAAUCGUUUAGCUGA